AACCAGACACGGCUCAUCGUUAAUACCAAGACAUUUCAAAAACACAACUCACGGUUUACCUCAGACAUUAGUGAUAAUUCGUCACGGAAAUAUCUGAUAAUACGUGCAAUUUUGUAAUAUCAUCAUUGGCAAAACCGGAGAUCACUUAAAAGGAUGAACAACGGACAGGGGAAAACAACUAAAGAUGAUUAGUGCAUCAGAGAGAUUCCCAUUUAGACAUUAGUAAUAGAAUAACUGUCAUUCUCCUAUCCAUAGAGUUUCUGAUGUCCAUGUCUAGACAUCGUCUCUUGCACUAACCAAUUAAAAUUUUAAGAGGAGCAAAACAUCCAAUGAAGUAAAUUGAACUGUAACAUAUUCAGCAUUCUUGUAUAGUAUGCAACUUGCGCAUUAAAGAGAUACCCAUUUAGACAUAAAUCAUCAUCCCCAUCUCCUAAUAAGGAGACUCUUACUCUGAUCUGAUGUCCCUGUCUUUUCAUCGUCACUUCCAUCAAUCAAUCAAAAACCCCAAAAGAUAACCAAAUCAACGAGGGAAAUCAAAAUCAAAAUGAAAAUCAAAUCAUCUAGAAGGCCCAAACAAUAGCAACCAGAGAAAACCUUUAACAAUCAAGAUUAUAUCAAAUGAGAUCAAAUGUCUAAAGAGAAAAAUGCCUCAAGAGUUGAAUUUUUUCCUAUAGAUUAAUCUCUCAACGUGUAUUUAACACCAUCACAUGCAAACUAGGGUUUCUCGAGAAGUGUUAUAUGCAUGUAAUGGACAAGUGUUCUAACAUCUAUGCAUGAGAUGGACAAGUGUUGUACUAUGCAUGAAGUGGGCGAACAGAGGCGAUGUUAAUUAGGGCAGAGACAAGUCAAAGGUAUUAAUAGGCUUUGACUUACUGUGGACCAACUAGUACACAAGUAAAUCGACCAAAGCAAAAAAAAACGGUUUAAUUUUAUCGGUUUAAAUCAGGUUUGAUGAAACAAAACCGGUUCUGUCUCCACACAAUUCCGUUGGUCGACGUAUUAAGUCUCCCACCGAAAUCGAAGGUUGACCCUUCGGCUUGCUUCUUUGAGCUUUCUCUCUGUUCCACCAUUAACCUCCCCUUUUCCCUUCUUCUUUCCAAUAACAAUCAUUUUUGCUGCCUUUCUUUCUUUCUUUCUUCUUUCCUCCAUGAUCAUUCUCUUCUUUGUUACUUCGCCACCUCUUGUUUCCACGCAAAGAACCCAAGAUUCCUCUUGUUUCCACCUCUUUUAAUCUUCCGUUACAGUGAAAUUUUGUUCUCUAGAAAGAGUCACUCUCUGUGUCCGAAUUUAGACGUCCCCAUCUUCAAAGAUGGGUAGGGUUAAGCUGAAGAUCAAACGACUUGAGAGCACAGGGAACAGGCAAGUUACAUAUUCGAAGCGUAAAAGUGGCAUAUUGAAGAAAGCCAAAGAGUUAUCAAUCUUGUGUGAUAUUGAUAUUGUGCUUCUUAUGUUUUCUCCAACCGGCAAGCCUACCGUUUUCCAUGGUGAACACAGGUACACAACAAUAUAUUAUCAAAAACAUUCUCAAGUCUUGUUUAACAAUUUGUUCAAUGCAUCCAUUUUCCUUAUUUAAGUUCGUUUUAACGUGGUUGCUUACAGUUGCAUUGAAGAGGUUAUUUCUAAGUUUGCGCAAUUAACUCCACAAGAAAGGACAAAAAGGUAUGGUAAGCGUUAUAUGAUAAAAAGUAUGGAUUGCUUCAAACAAUUUUAUGUAGUUUGUGUUAUGAAGCUAAAUUAUAAAUCUCUUGUUUUUUUUUACAUAACAGAAAAUUGGAGAGCCUUGAGGUAAAGUAAAUAACUCACUGCAUUUCUUUCUUUCUAUAUCCUCUUUCUCAUUUUGACUUUUUUUGUUUUGUUUUGUUUGAAACACAAAUCUAAGCUUAUUUUUUUUGCUUGAUUACAGGCAUUAAAGAAGACUUUUAAGAAGCUUGAUCAUGAUGUAAAUAUACAUGAGUUUUUAGGAGCAAGGUACUUCCUAUGAGUUAUUAAGUAUAACCAUAUUUUGUCAUUUUAUAAGAUGUUUGUCUAACAUAUCUGAAAUGAUGUCUUCUCUAUCCUCCAGGAAUCAAACUAUUGAGGUAUGGAUCGGUUCUUGAAUUUUGUUAAUUUUUCAUGGCUCACCGAGUCAGAUGGCUAAAGUCAUUGUUAACCUUGACCACACGCCAGGGUCUGAGUAAUCAAGUAGCUAUUUUCCAAGCUCAGCUUAUGGAGUGUCAUAGGAGGCUAAGUUGUUGGACAAACAUCGAUAGAAUAGAAAACACUGAUCACCUCAAUUUGUUGGAAGAAUCAUUGAGAAAAUCUAUUGAAAGAAUCCAGAUUCACAAGGAACAUUACAGAAACAGCCAACUUAUGCCAAUAGAAUGUACAACCACACAGUUUCACAGCGGGAUACAGUUACCUUUGGAGAUGGGAGGUAAUAGUAGUAGUAUGCAAGAAGCUCACCCCAUGUCUUGGCUUCCUGAUAAUGAUAACCAACAAACAAUCUUACCUGGUGAUUCUAGUUUUCUUCCUCAUAGAGAGAUGGAUGGUUCGAUUCCUGUUUACUCAAACUGUUUCUUUGAGUCUGUAAAACAAGAAGAUCAGAUAUGCAACAACCCUGGACAAACAUUUGAGCAGUUAGAACAGCAAGGAAACGGUUGUUUGGGUUUACAACAAAUUGGGGAAGAAUAUUCAUAUCCUACAUCAUUUGGUACUAGUCUUGGAAUGGAAGAAGAUCAAGAGAAGAAAAUAAAAUCUGAAAUGGAAUUGAACAACUUGCAACAACAACAACAACAACAACAACAAGAUCCUUCUUCAGUGUAUGAUCCAAGGGCUAAUAAUGGUGGCUGCUUUCGAAUCCCUCAUGAUCAAUCCAUGUUUGCCACCGAUCAUCAUCAGCAUCAUCAUCAUCAAAAUUGGGUUCCAGAUUCAAUGUUGGGUCAGACUUCUUACAGCCAGGUUUGUGUUUCAUACCUUCCAUUUGAAAUUAUCUAAUUUAUAUGAGCCACUAAAGUGAAUUUGUCUAUGUAUCUUGGAUGAUUGCAGCAACCAAACUAACUUAAGGAUGAUUGGACUUGCUUUUGAACAAGGACGAGUUUAAGUCAUUUCUAUAAUGUCUAGUAUAUAUAUAGAGACAGAGAGUGUGUGUGUGUUUUUGGUGUACAAGUAUAUGUAUUAUGAGAGCUUGUGUCAUACCACAGGGGAUUUUAGGCAUUUUGUAUAUAAGAGUUUUUGUUAGAAACCAUAUAUUUUGUAAUAAUGAUAAAAGUCAUAAUCAAUAUGUAUAACUGGCUUAAGUAAGUUUUGACUUUUGAGAGACAAAAAAAGAUAAUAUCAUGAGUGUAAACCGAAGUAACAAAACAAAAUGAUCGAAGUAAAAAACGAUAUUAAACAAAGCUUCAUUACACGUAACCCUAAAUAAAACCUAUAAUCUCGUACUAAUUUUGCAACCCAUGGAGCAUUUGGUCAUUGAUAUUCACAUGGCAACUGGCGACAGCACAAUGGACAAACAUGAUUGGUCUCAAACCACUUAACGAUACGUCAACGUCAUGUCUACAAGGUAAAACCACAACUCCUCCGUUGCUAAACUCUUGCGGACACACUCUUCCAAGCUAAUCAUCUUCUUGUAUAUUUUCUUCUUAUUUUCCUUUUUAAUCUUUUGUUUGGAUUUUACGUACUUGACUACGAGCUUUCUUCCUAGUGGGCACAAACCGGAUACUACUGGUGUCAUCAAACGAGACUUGAACGGCUUCUUGAAUCUGAGACUCAUCAAUCAUCAUCAUCAUCUAGAUAAUCAGGAACAAGAUCCAUAUAUACGAACUUUCAAAGCACAUCCAAGAGAAUACUCUCUACUUGCGGGACAAGUUACUUCAUCAACAUAGACAAACAGGUUCAUAAUGAGUGAUAACACUGUCGAUGAAUCCAGCAUCCAAAAAGAAGAAAUUCAAGUCUUCUUUAUUUUCACACUCCUCGUUGUCAUCAUUGAUAUCAAGCCUAUUUACGCAAGCAAGAAAUACGGCUCAACGUUCUUUUGUUCCUAGACACGAGCUAUUCAAGAGAUAUCUGCUGAUCAGUGUGCCGGUGUUAAAUCAAAUAUUAGAGCAGAUGUAAGUAGGUUUUACAAAAAUUAUUAUAAUAAAAAAGGGUAUCUAAGAGCUAGGCCUGGGCAUUUUACCCGGACCCGAAGAUCCGACCCGAAACCGAUCCGAAAAAACCCGGUUCGGGUAAGAACCGACCCGAUCAAAUUACCCUAUCGGGUCUUGUUGUAGAGGACCCGCGGGUCUUGGACCCGACCCGACCCGAACCCGAAACCCGAUGGGUACCCGAAUUAAUAAUGUAAAUUAAAUAAAAUGCAUCAAGGGAGAAUCGAAGACAGGUUAUUUAUCUAGAGAAUAUGGGAGUCAACCACUAGGAGACAACGAAUUGUUGUUGUAUUUCGCAUAGUUUAGUAUAUAUACACAUUUUAAUAUAAUAAAAACACAAAUUUUGAAUAAAAUUUUGAAUAUAUUCGGAUAUAUAAAUAUUUUCAGAUAUUUUUUUGUAUUUUUAGGUCUUUUUUAGAUCAAACCCGAACCAAAUCCGACCCGAAACCGAACCGAAUCCGAACCGAUAAAUUCUAAUUACCCGAAUGGGUCUAACUAUCUAAGACCCGACCCGACCCGGACCCGGCACGACCCGAACCGACCCAGAACCGAAAAUUUGA